AAUUAGCCUGGACUGUUUUUACUUUUUCGGCGGUGUCCAUGAGAGACAAACGGUUUGCUGCUUUCGCUGCAUGCUGUCGUUUCAAUGGACUAUCGUGUAUCUUAUCACCCAGUGAGUAACUUUGAUUAUGGUUUACUGAGCUGCAGAUAAGUGUUAAUCAUGAGCAUAACUUGACUGUUGACGUCUUGUCAUGUAGCGUCUUUGAUGUUUAAAAACGAUGAACUCCCCCUGUGACAUCGAACUGGCAGCCUUAUCUCGCAAACACCGACUCAUGGCUGCAGCUAUGCCCGAGGAGGACAGCCUAUUGCCCGGCAACACUUCCAUGACUGACCGGAAUGGAUUAGGGGGACUGGUUCACUGUUUUAUAUGUGGAAGCGGAGUUACGCCAGGGAAGGAAUUGAGGCUACAAGUGACAUAUCAAAAAGAGAGGCUUCCGUUUUUCCCUUUCCUACAAAAUCAGGAGCCAGCCCCGGGUGCGUGUGAACUGAGCCCGGAUGGACAUACGCUGGUUUGCGCUGUGUGCCACUUUUUUCUGUCCGAGCAGUGGAACUCUUUCGAGCGGAGCAGGACGCCCAUUGAGAAGCGCAUGUACUGGCUGAAACGACCCUAUCAGUGCGACUCUCGUCGGGUCCCACAGGAGUGGAACCUUUCCUAUGAUCUGGAGAGGAGAAUCAGUGGGGGCGCAGACUCUGAUUUCUCUUCUUUUUCUGACAACGAGAACAUGUCAGACCAGGAGAUGGAUUUAGUCGACAGAGCCAGUAUGAGCAAAGACAAGUGCAUGACAGCAUCUGGCAAAUCGCCAAGAGACAGUAACAAGAAGAACAAUGUCAUCAGUGUUAAAAACAGUCCAGAUUCACAGCGGGCAAUGCGCUACCCGGUGGGUGUUUAUGGGGCGCAGGGAUCGCCACAAGCGGAGAGUGUUCUGCCGGCGAGGCGCGGUGCUAAAAUUAUAAAUAAUGUCUGUCAAUCAUCAGAAUCCCUGGCUAAAUCCCAGGAGAGAUUCCCUCAGCGAUGCUAUGACAGUCCCUUCACUGACACACCUGUGCAAGACAACGGGGUCAUUAUGCGCAACAGGCGAUGGCUUGAGGAGGGGAAUGUCAGACAUGCAGAGCCGCGUCAGAAUCAGCGUGUUGUCGACAGCAGCUGUGCCUCGUCCAGACAUACAUCCCUGCUGUACCGAGGAAGGACAGAGGAUCACCCCGACACUGCUCUGUCAUCAGUUGGCACCACUGCUGUCACCACUAAAUGUAACAUGGCUGUUCCCAGGAAGAAUACCUCUGACAGCUCUGAUGAAGAUGAGAUUAACAUUACAAGUGAUGAUGAUGUAGACAUGUAUGAGAGAAAGACAAGCACUACAGCAAAGUUUAGACAUGUCAGAAACCUUUCAGUAAGAAAGUCUCACCCCACUGUGGACACCUGUGCAGAGGAGUGUGUGUGCUUUGUCUGUGGCACUGGGCUCAGACAUGAUGGCCGUUUCAAAGUCAGUGUUCAGAAACAGGAGAGGGCACAGGGCGAGCCCUUCUUCCCCUUCCUGUGGCUUCACUCCCCUCCCCGGGGUGCAGUACCCAUCAGUCCAGCGGGUACAACCUUGGUGUGUGGCAGCUGUCACACUUCUCUCAUGCAGCAGUGGCAGAGCUUCCAGCUGGCGGAUGUGCCUGUCCUUCAACGUUUGUAUGUAGUCCCCCUCAACCACGACACCAGUUCUCUCCAGCCUUCCCAACCAACUUCCUCAGAGUCCAUAGAGUGUAAUAAUGAACCCAUGGCUUCCCACGAGGCCUGUUUCCUCUGUGGUCAGGACUGUGCAGGAGAUAUGAGGGUGGCAUAUGCACAGGCUGGUGUUGGCAAAUCCCGGGGUGCAAUGUAUUUUCCUUUCAUCAACAUGUUGCCUUGCCCACCUAAUGCCCAGGGGGUGAGGAAUGGCCGUGUGCACUGUUGCCCACAGUGCCAUUUUAUCCUGGAAGAGAUCUGGGGGGCAUAUCGACUCAGCCUCAGUGAAGACCUCAUCACGUCUGUCAGCUCCUUCCUAGUCAGGUACCACGCUGCCAUGGCAAUUGAGGGCUCUGGACCGGCCCAUUCCCAGACAGCUGUGGCCUCUCGCCCCUGCAGCUCCAUGUCAGUGUGUUACCUGUGUGGAGGCGAGCUCUGCGCAGGUGGAGAGUACCAGCUCCAUGUCAACCCGCCUGGGCGUUGUGGGGAGAGCGAGCCUUUCUUCCCCUUCCUCACAGUCCAUCCUCCUGCACCACGGGCCAAGCCAGUUGACGCCACAGGCCUGGUGUCAGCUUGUAAUCUCUGCUAUCAUGACCUACACUCCCAGUGGGCCCAACAUGAGAGUAAGGGCCAGGGUCCCUCCACCCCUUCUACCUCUAGUUUAUCCAGUGCCAACCAGCAACCUCCGAGCUCCCCAUGGGCACGCCAGUACAGCUGUGAGGCUUUUGUGUGUUUCUUCUGCAGGAAGGAGCAGCACAGGAAGGGUAGGCUGUGCGCUGUCACUGUGGCCAGGCUACCUGUCUUCCUGUACGCACCUCGCAGCACACGCACGCUCCUGGUGGAUGAUGGGAGGAGGUUGGUGAUUGGCGCAUGUGUGGAAUGUAAGGCCAUGGUGCAGGUGGGACAGAGCAUGCAGCAGGACAGGGAUAGGCUUGGACAUGGAUCUUCAGACGGGGAGAAGAAAGAACCAGAAUCAGCCUUGCUACAGACUAGACAUAAGGCAUGUACUGUGAUUGAGAGUGCGGCUGGAGCCAGUAAGGAGGUGGACUCGAAGCCUUCGGUGCCUGCAGGUGACCUCACUCCUUCUCACCCAGUGACCGAGACAGAGAAAGCUGAGCGCCCACUGUCCAGCAUGAGCCAUGAGCCAAAGUCACCAUCGUUAGGAAUGAUCUCCACGGCGACCCGUACCACGGCGACGGUCAGCCCCCUCACCCCGUCGCCUCUCAACGGCUCCAUCGUAGCCAAUGGAAGCCCCGCCGCCCAGUCUGCACACUCUGGAUUUGCUGCAGCCCUACGUAAACUGGCCAAACAGGCGGAAGAACCCCGAGCUGCAUCCUCCAUCAGCAGUGAGUCCUCUCCAGUGUCCUCCCCAGCCACCAACCACAGCUCUCCAGUCAGUACACCCAAGAGGGGUCCCCUUGGUCAAGGGCCUGUCCUGGUCGCCCCCGCCGGCCACAACGUGCCAAACACUCCGCCUGUAGUCACCAUUGCUCCAACAAAGACUAGCAACGGCCUCUGGAGGAGCGAGGGACGCCAGGCUGACUCGGGGCCUCGCGGGGCCAGCAGGGAACGUCUGGGUGCAGAGGGGAACCACCCACAGGAGAAGGGUGGCCCUUCAGUCCCUGCCCACCUCCUGGGAAACCCUUAUGCCUUUGGUCUCAGCCCCGGUGCGGUCAUGCAGGAUUCACGUUUCCAGCCCCUCAAUAUGGCCAGACAGAUGUCUAACGCAGUGCCCCCUGGUCAUGUACCAGAAGAGUACCUCCGUGGUUUCCGGCCCUAUGCCACGACUGAGGAUGCCCUCCGCAUGCCCUCUUUGCCCAUGGGCCUGGACCCCGCCACUGCAGCCGCCGCAGCUGCCUACUACCACCCCAGCUACCUGCCCCACCCCUCUUUCACGCCAUACAGGAUGGACGACCCGUUCUGUCUCUCUGCUAUGAGGUCACCUUUCUAUCAGCUGCCAGGAGGGGGAGCUCUCCCUCCCAUGCAUCCCUCCGUUCACAUGCACCUCCAAGGAGUGCGCUACCCUGGAGACUUCACUCACCCCUCUCUGUCGGCACUGCAGUCUGAGAGGCAUCAGCUGGAGGAUGAGCUACGGCAGAGAGAGAGGGAGCGGGAGCGAGACCGAGAACGCGAAAAAGAGAGAGAGCGUGAGACGGAAAGAGAAAAAGAACGGGAGAGAGAGCGAGAAAGGGAGAGAGAACGGGAAAAGGAGCUGGAGAGGGAGAGAGAACGGGAGCGAGAAAGAGAGCGUGAGAGAGACCGGGAGAGGGAGAGAGAAAGAGAGAAGGAAAUGGAGAGGCAGAACGAGAGAGCGCUGAGGGAGAAGGAGCUGCAGGCCUCCAAGGCCAUGGAGAGCCACUACCUGGCCGAGCUCCACGCCAUGAGGGGGCAGGAGGACCGGACCAAGCCCGAGAGACUCACCCCUAACCGGGCUGAUAAAACCAAAGAGCCCGCCCCUCCAGGUCCCAAACCUGUCCCACCAGGACUCCACCCUUCAAUGGUCCAAUCACAUCAUCCCAUCCCAGGUCUGAUCCCAGGCCACGGCCUCUUCCUGGGGGCCGGCGCUGUGGGGACAGCGCUCUCAGCCUCAAUGUUAGCUCAGAGAGCCAAUGAGGAGGAGAGGUGGCUGGCACGGCAACGUAAGCUGCGGCAGGAGAAGGAGGACCGUCAGUACCAGGUGUCUGAAUUCCGCCAGCAGGUUCUGGAGCAGCACCUGGACAUAGGACGGCCCGGAGAUGUACAAGACCACAGGACAGACUCACACAGAUCCAUACCAAAUCACCAUGAACCAGGAAGCCGGGACCUCCACCCUCACUUAGGCGCCCCUCCACCCCUCAUCUCUCCCAAACCUCCCCAGCCACCACGUGAACACCACCCUCCCACCACCCUGUGGAACCCUGCCUCUCUUAUAGACACCGCCUCAGAGUCCAGACGGAACCACGAGCCCUCAGGGAUGGGACACUACGAGCUCAGUCGGCUGCCCCCCGGGCACGCAAAAUAUGAGGACGGAGCGCGAAGGAGAGAAGGGGGAGUGAUGGAGAAGUACCCCCCACUGAGAGGUCCUCCGGGCCUGCCGGAACCCAGCACAUUCCUUGCUGAUCUGGAGAAAUCCACCCAGUCCUUUUUUAGCCAGCAGAGGGCAACCCUGUCCCUGCCCAGCCAAUAUGAAAUGGAGGGAGGUAUGAAGAGCAAUGCUGGACUGAAGAGCCUCCAGGGACACCCGGGGCACAGCAGACAUGGACAAGGGCUAGGAAUCACCCCCGGGACAGGCAUGGGACAGGUAGCCAAUGUGGGGACGGGCCCAGAGACAAUGCUGAUCUAUGACGAAUACCUCCAGCAGCACCGGAGGCCUGUCAGCAAGUUAGACCUGGAGGAGAAGAGGAGAAAGGAGGCCAGGGAGAAAGGUUACUACUACGAGCUGGAUGACUCGUAUGACGAGAGUGAUGAAGAGGAGGUGAGAGCCCAUCUUAGGAGAGUAGCAGAGCAGCCGCCACUCAAACUGGAGGACUCCUCAGAGAAACUAGACUUCCUGGGAGUGUUUGGCCUGACCACAGUGGGCCGGCGCGAUGAGCUGGUGCAGCAGAAGAGGAGAAAAAGGAGGAGGAGGCUCAGGGAGCGCAGCCCCUCACCAUCUUGCUCGCAACCGAAACGCACUCCUCCGCCGGCGCCCCAACUCAGCACACGCUUCACCCCGGAGGACAUGAACCGAGCACCAGAGCUGGAGGAUAAGAAGCGAUUCCUCACCACGUUCAGUCUGUCCCACGUCACUGUACAGCAGAGGAGAGAUAAUGAAAGGGUGGUGGAGCUCCUUCAGGUCAUUAAAGAAAAGAGCGUAACCUUGGAUACCAUUAGACAUGCCCCUCAUCUGCUGUGUAAGAGCCCUCCACCCCAGAUUUCUGAUUCUGCAUUCGCCCAGCCUCCCUCUGAAUCAGAAGGCCAACACAGUGUCAGACCGCAGAGCCCCUCCUCACAUCGCCCAGCGUCCCCCAAUGGUCACCCAAAACCCCUUGGGGAGACAUUAAGACCAAAGGAACCCCCUUCUCCAGCUGUCUACCCUGACAAGGCCCGGGGGCCCGGUGAGGGGCCGGUCUCUAAGAGGAGCUCCAGCCUGCUGAACAGCUUGCGCCCCCCCCCUUCCCUGCAGGCUAAAGAAGGUCCUCACAGCGUCAACGGGCGCACCAAACCCUGGGACAGCUUCACCCCGGAGGAAUUUGCCCAGCAGUUCCACGAAUCUGUGCUUCAGUCCACUCAGAAGGCUCUGCAGAAACAUAAAGGUGGAGCUGCUGGGAUGUCGGAGUCGUCCCACCUGCAGGAGUCCUCGGUCCACUACAACAUUCCGGAGCUUCAGAGCGCUCCUGGACGGCCACCGCAGCAUUCACAAUCUCACUCCAACGCACAUCCAUUUCCCCACCCACUCUCACACGCUCACCCUCAGCCCAACGGGCAGCACUUCUCUGCAGGCCUCCACCGGGAGGCCUCGGGGGCGAGGGAGGACCUGUCGGGUCCAGAGGACUCUGAGGAGGACCAGGAGGAGGAGGAAGAGGAGGCUCCCGCUUCCAAGUGGCAGGGGAUUGAGUCCAUAUUUGAAGCUUAUCAGGAAUAUGUUGAAGAGCAAGGUUUGGAGCGACACGUGUUGCAGAGCCAGUGUCGAAGACUAGAAGCUCAGAACUACAACCUCAGCCUGACCGCUGAGCAGCUAUCUCAUAACAUGGGGGAGCUGAUGUCCCAGAGGCAGAAGCUGGCAGUGGAAAGGGAGAAGCUCCAAGCCGAGCUGGAGCACUUCAGGAAGUGUUUGACGCUGCCACAGACACACUGGCCGAGAGGCGGCCAUUACAAGGGCUACCCUCCCAGGUGACCCCGACCCGCCGCCCUGAUGGCCCCCCGCCAUCCCCCUUCAGACUGAUACCCAGAGUUUAUUUUUCAUGGCCUGAUCCACAUGGUUCCAAGGAGGAGAAUAAGACUGGCUGGAUAAGAUGAAUGAAUGAAUUGAGUGAAUGGAUGAGUGGUGGAUGAAUGCACAGCAGACAGGACAGUGAAGGACAGUCUUUGGACGGUGGCCAGGGACUGUGCCACUACCGUGUGCCAAUGUAGCCAACCCAGAGAGCAUGGGCCAGGAGCACCUGAAGAUCACCCAUAAUGCACCUGCUUGUCACUCUUCAGCCCCCUGCUGCUCAAUUGUUCAGUCCCUGCAUCCCUCCCGCCACAGCUACACAGACAAUCCUGCCAAUGAGGGGCCGCGGCCCCAGGGGGGGUGUCGUCCAGAGACUCGAACGCUUCGAAGGCUUCUGGCCAGUCGGGACUGAUCUUAUCACAGUGGCCACAUGAGCUUUUGAACUGGAAAUGCACUUAAGAAUAAAAGCUGAAGAACUACCUGGUGGUACUGUGUUACAACAAAGAACUGUUGGAAUUAGGGAAGAACUUAGAGAAUGCACAUUUUUUGGAAAGAAUUAAGGAAAUGUUUUAUUUCGAAAUAGAAAAUUUGAGAAUAAGAAUUCUAAAAGGUGCUUCAGCCUUGUAUUGUAUAUAAUAUGAAGACUUAAAAGAAUUUUGUAUGUUUUUAUUACUUUAAUCAUUGUUCUUUUAAAGAAAAAAAGCCUGCCAUUUUUAUAUGUUUAUGCUUUUUUGGGUUGGAAAAGAAAGCCUUGCUUUUAGUGUUUGUACUGCUGCUGGCCAGAACAGCUCAUUUUGAGACAUUUAACAGUGAGAGAGAACAGGAUAUAUUCCUCCUCUCACUCUCUCCUCACCCAACCACAGCGUCCGAGCUCAGCAGAGCUCACUGAGGUCCUGAGAAAUGGCACCCACCUUCUCACCCCUCCCUUCACAGCAACAUGUCAUUCUGUUUUAACACCCAGCAUCCACUCCUCUGCUCAGCGUCACUGCUGCUGGCAGGACUAGUUAGCUAAUGAUGUUCUCAUACUGAAACCCACAGCGACAGUUUUCUUUUUAUACUUUGGUCACUUGACAUACUUGAUUUUGUAAAGACAUGAAGAGUCUCUUAAGCAGCCAGCUGAUGAAACUGGUUAUUAUUGCUUUAUCCUACCGUUGGACCUUUCACUCCACACUCUGACAUUAUAUUGCAUUAGACUCCAACAAUAUCACGGUUUGCAUAAUGUGUUGCCUUACAAGCCCUUAUCAGCAGCCAUGAGAGGACAUGGUGCCAAAAUUAAAUAAACUGAAUCAUUUUGGAUUGUUAAUUUGUAUUUGAGUUGCAAUAAGGUAGCCAAACGUUCAAAACAGAAUGGCCAUCUUCCUCUGCUGAUAACCUUUGACCCCAUUCAUCUUUUCCUGCAGACACUCCUUUUAAGGACUCCCCCUAUCCAAAGUUGCCAACACAUUUUGAAAAAAGCCUUGAAAUCACACUAGAAUAAAACUUGAUAAAAUAUAAAGGUUUAUUUACCUGUCCCCAUGUACAACCUGCCCACAGUUCAUCCCCGGACUCAGCGAAACGCUUUUCUGACUUCCUCCCCGAUUAAAAGGUGCAUUGAUCAUUGUUUUGAAUUAAAACGCUGCACAAGCUAUUGUGGUGGGAAAGUUGGUGUCAGAAUGGGGGCAUUCAAUACUUCAAAGUAAAUCUUGAUUCACUUUUUCAAAUGUGCAAAAUAACUAAUUUAUAAAGACAAAAGCACAGCCACCCCUACAUACAGCAUAUUAAAUACAAGUGCCUCAAGAAGUUGGGAGCAUGUGAAUGAGUUGCAGUCCACAUGAUGUUAAUUCUACACAUAACACCAGAGAUCAGGGACUUUACAUUGAAGUGUCUAUUGUACGUCUCACACCUUUCAAAUAUGUGCAUGCCAAGAACAAACACAGAAUCUUAACGCAUCUCCGAGAAUUCAAUCAUGACACCUUUUUAUAAAUGAGGCCCAUGCCAUUCGAGGGGAUCAGGUUGAUACAGAAUGUAGUCUGUCAUUUUUACAGAGCAGAAGAGGCACGCUGAGGAGAGCUGCCAACGACCCCCACCCCCCCGCCUCCCUGUCUCCAGCCCACGCACGCCCAUGCAAUAGCCCCAUUACUCAGUGGAGGAUGUCUAGAUGCUGUGAAAUCCUGUUUUUAAAAUGUACUUGUUUGAAUUCAUUGUAAUGUAAUAUAUUCUUUGUUGAAUGUAGUAAUUAGGUAUUUAUGAAUAUAUGGCUGUGAUUUCAGACAAAAAAGAAAUAAAAUAUUUCCAAAAUGUUAAAUAUCAA